CAAAGCCAUCGUGCGGCCGAUGGAUAUCCAGGCCUCCCAUGCCCUGCUGAAAAUCUGCCUCAAAGCCGCACUGAUCUGGAUUGUCUCCAUGCUGCUGGCCAUCCCAGAGGCCGUGUUUUCUGACCUACAUCCCUUCCAUGAGGAAAGCACCAACCAGACCUUCAUUAGCUGUGCCCCGUACCCACACUCUAAUGAGCUGCACCCCAAAAUCCACUCCAUGGCUUCCUUCCUGGUCUUCUACAUCAUCCCGCUGUCGAUCAUCUCUGUUUACUACUAUUUCAUCGCCAGAAAUCUGAUCCAGAGUGCCUACAAUCUCCCCGUGGAAGGGAAUAUACAUGUCAAGAAGCAGAUCGAAUCCCGGAAGCGCCUGGCCAAGACGGUGCUGGUGUUCGUGGGUCUCUUCGCCUUCUGCUGGCUCCCCAACCACGUCAUCUACCUCUACCGCUCCUACCACUACUCCGAGGUGGACACCUCCCUGCUCCACUUCGUCACCAGCAUCUGCGCCCGCCUUCUGGCCUUCACCAACUCCUGCGUGAACCCUUUUGCCCUCUACCUGCUGAGCAAGAGCUUUCGGAAGCAGUUCAACACCCAGCUCCUCUGUUGCCGGUCUGGCCUGAUGAGCCGGUCUCACAGCGCCGGCAGAAGUACCAGCUGCAUGACCUCCUUCAAGAGCACCAACCCCUCCGCCGCCACCUUCAGCCUCAUCAACGGAAACAUCUGUCACGAGGGGUACGUCUAGACUCACCCUUGACCCUGCCCCCCCGGUUUUGCUUUAUGGCUGGUGAGGAACCCUCGCGUCACUGGUUGUUUCUGUACCCUCCGAAGACCCUUUGGCAGGCUUGGGAGUGAUCUGGGUGGGUAGGGGAGAGGCCCAAAUG